AUGGUCAAGUUCAAUGCCAUUGCCGCUUUCGCGGCCUCAAUUGCUGCUGCCUCGGCGCAGACCUACCAGCGUCUGGGCACAUGUCCUACGCUCGGUUGCGUUCUGCCCCCAGACCAGAGUGACUUCCUCCCCGGCCAGCUCUUCGAUCUCCGUGUCGAGGUUCACGCUCCCGUCAACGGCUCUGAGGCUGCCCACGAUGGCAAGCCUGACCAGAAGUUCAAGGUGACCAUUGCCAAGGAGGGUGAGAAGGCCAAGGACUUUGCAAAGGCAUUCGGCCUCAAGGAGCCCAAGGUCGAGACAUGGAAGUUCGACUGGUACGAGGACCUUUUUGCCGAGGACGAGGACAAGCCCAGCAUUGUCAACGUUGCCUCCAAGGUCUACCGCAAGAUCUCCCUCAACGAGCCCGGCAAGUACACCGUUACUCUGCACUACUACAACGGCGAGAAGACCACUGCUGAGUGGACUGUUCGCCCGCUCCAGCCUAAGCGAAAGGCCAAGAACGUCAUCUUCUUCAUUGGCGAUGGCAUGACCACCAAUAUGAUCACUGCCGCUCGUCUCCUGGGACACAAGAGCAUCAACGGAAAGUACCAGACUCUGAUGAAGCUGGAUGAGUUCCCUGUCCUCGGUCACCAGAUGACCCACUCGAUCGACAGCUACAUCACCGACUCUGCCAACUCUGCUUCUGCUCUGUACACUGGUCACAAGAGCACGGUCAACGCCAUGGGUGUCUACGCCGACUCUUCUCCUGACCCCUUUGAUGACCCCAAGGUUGAGACCAUUGUCGAGGUCUUCAAGCGUAUUUGGGGUGGCGCUUGGGGUGCUGUUUCUACUGCUUACCUCGCCGACGCUACCCCCAUUGCUCUUACUGGCCACACUCGUCUCCGAAGCCAGUACGGUCCUUUGAUCGACCAGAAUCUCAAUGGAAACAGCAACUACAGCUGGACCAAGCACGAGGGUCCCGAUGUUUUCUUCGGUGGCGGUGCUGAGAACUUUAUUGCUGGAGAGGGUUCCUACAAGGGCAAGGACUACUACCAGGAGUACAAGAAGAAGGGCUACACUGUCUCUCACAACAAGACCUCUCUCCUCAAGGCUGACAACAGCAAGCGUGCUCUCGGUGUCUUCUGCCAGAGCAACCUUCCUGUCUGGCUCGACCGCAACGUUUACACCGACAACAUCAAGAGCCUUAAGAACGACCCCACUGGCGCGAAGACUGCUGCUGGUGACCUGCCUGGUCUCAAGGACAUGACCCUCAAGGCCAUUGAUGUCCUCAGCACCCGUGGUAAGGACAAGGGUUUCUUCCUCAUGUCUGAGGCUGCCUCCAUCGACAAGCAGAUGCACGCUCUUGACUACGAUCGUGCUCUCGGCGACCUUCUUGAGCUUGACGACACUGUCCGUGCUACUAUUGAGAAGCUCAAGAAGCUUGACAUUCUCGACGAGACCCUUGUCAUCGUCUCUGCUGACCACGGUCACGGUUUUGAUGUUUGGGGUUCUGCCGACACCGAGUACCUCUCCGAGCAGGAGGACGACCGUGCCAAGCGCCGCGCCAUUGGCGUCUACGAGAAGUCUGGCGAGUCUCAGUACACCAAGAAGGCCAAGGGUAUCAACUACGGUACCGGCGCCAACUUCCCCACCAACUGGGAGCCCCGAUACGCUAUCGCCGGUGGUGUCGGUGCCAUGCCCGACCACCGAGAGAACUACAAGGUUCACAAGAAGCCCCGUACAGCCGCCGUUGAGCUCAAGGACGGUGACUACUACGUCAACCCUGAGGACGCCCCUGAUGGCUUCGUUGUCAACGGUACCAUCAGCACCGACAACAGCCAGGGUGUCCACUCUCUAACUGAUGUCCCUGUCUAUGCUCUUGGUCCUUGCCAGGAGACUUUCGGCGGUACAUACAGCAACAUUGACGUCUUUUACAAGAUUGCCAACUGCCUUGGUCUUGCUCAAGGCAAGAAGGGAGCACCAUUCCUUCAACGAGCAUGCAACCGCGCUUCCGGCCCAACAAAGAUUGACUUCUCAAAGCAUCGUAUCGUUGGAAUGACCCCAGAUGGGUAUCCUGUUGUCUGUUUGGUACCUUGCCCCGUUCUCCAAUGCCGCCCAAGAAGCGAUCCAAGCGAUCCAAGCGGCCAACCAAGCUACCAGACCAGCAACCCUAAAAUUCCUCCAUGGCGCGUCUUGCCAUUUGCUCCUCUAUUUCAGGAGGACAGAGUCAAAAGUUUCAAGAUCACCCUUACCAAUGCCUCCCCUGUCGUGGGCGACGCAACAACUGCAGUCAACAGGAACCGGGUGGCUCGAAAAGAGCGGAAGGUCUGGCGAACUCUUGCUCUACAAGGCAUAACAACGGCACACCUUGAGCAUCACCCCCUAGAUGACGCUAUUGCAUUCAAGAAUUACCCCUCCAAACAGACACGAUCUAGCAGGGUUAUUCCCAUGAAGUACCAUCUCCUCAAGAAACCUGACGCUUCCCAGGGAGUCUACAUGUUCUUUGCCCUUCCUGCUUUCAGAUUCAACAGCGUGUUCAUUGCCUACUUUCCUACUUGGCUCAAGUAUCACGAGCUUUACCGCCUGGGUGCUUAUGGGCACCCUUAUGAUUUCAUCAGCACAAACUACGCAAAUGAUCUGAAUGCAUCACAAGAAUACCAGGUGCGAGGGACCGGAUGGGAAGAGAGGUUUGCGACACUUGGGCGUUCUGCCAUCGAACCGUUUACGCUUCUUACGCCAGCCAUGCAGGACGGGUCUGCUCUUGGUGGCCCCUUCUUGUCAGCCGACGGGCUCAGUCUGACAGAGAUACACGAAAUGAUGCACCUCGGGUCAAUUUGGUCUAUAGGACCACCUAUCAUGCCUGCAGUUCUAACAGAAGUCGAUGGCAAAAAGGCUUGUUAUAGUCGCCUAGCCUUUCCUGAUCACUGGUACAAGGAAGUCCGCUACAACGAUGACAUCCACUGUCUAUUUUCACCCGAUCACGGCUUAUGCGACAUGUCAAAAGCCAUUGAACCACUCAACGAAGACGAAAUAGAGUACUUGAAAGAGAUUUCUCAGUUCCAAAUUGAUGUAGGACAAGGGGUUGUGCAUAUUGGGGCAAGAAUGGGCUCUCCCUUCAACCCAGGUUGGACAACCCAGCUCCCUGCAAAAUACAAUACCAUGGCCUGUGUAGAUGAUGGGCCACACUGGUGUGCCCUAUCAACAGGUGUAAAGGUUCACCCUGUGAUCAGCUACAGGACAAGUCCUAUUACAGAUUCUCCCCCCUCCCUGCUGGCUAAGCUAUGGGUACUUGAGGAGGAAGCACGCAAACUGAAAGUGGAAAAAGCCCAGACGAAUGAGGAGUGUUUGAAACUCUAUAAUCAACUUGAACGCAAGGAACGUGAUCUCUCACGAUCAAGAAACCAUAUGUCAGUUCUCCGCCACACCUUCAACCGUCUCGAGUUAGAAGAAAGAAGUUCUUUCACGAUGUACUGA